UAGAAUAUAAUUAAAAUAGCUUCGAGUGCAAACGGUUGAGGAAGUGUUUCUCAUGCCAGGACAGGGGUCUAAAAUGUUGCAGAGCAACGAUCCGGACGAGAUCAAAGACUCGCUCUUGUACUGUCAGCGAAUAUUCGCCACCGGCAGUGUAUUGCCCCAGUACGGCAGCACGCCGCUGUUUAUGGUCGUAGUGUUCUACGUGUUCCUUCUGACUAUGUUGGAAAUUUGGGACUUGUACGACGUCGUGCACGAUUUCGACGCAUUAAUACAGAUCGCGGGAGAACUGCCUCUCACGAUUUCGAUGCUGUGCGCGCUUGUCCUUAUUCGGACGAACAAGAAGCUGAUAAUUGUGAUCGAGAAAAUCGAGAAAGACAUAAACGGCGCGAUGUUGUUCGAGAACGACGAGGAGAAACGACUUUAUCUGAGAUACAACAACAUAUCCUUUUACAUCGGCAAAUAUGGAUCGCUGAUCUCAGUCACUGUCAGUUACAUGAUGUACUUUCGCCCCUUGGCCAGUUUGCUGAUCAAUUUUCGCGCAGAUCAAAGCAACAACACGAGACCUUACGUGCUACCGUUCCGGUCUCAUAUGUUAUUCGACUACCGCUAUGAUCUAAAAGCAUACACUCUGGCGUACAUCUACCAAUUUCCCGUUGGAUUCGUAGGAGUGUAUCAUGUAGCUGAAGCCAGUCUUAUCGUCACCUCGACGCUACACAUUUGCGGCAAACUGUCGAUGUUGGCGUACCGAAUUCGACUGUCCCUAACGAAAUCUCCGGCGCAUUUCCGGCAGAGGAUGAAAACAAUGGUGAUGGAGCAUUUGGAUUUGUUGGAGUGAAUACGUCAAUUCUUGUUAGAUCACUUGUUGAAAGGAAACGAUAAUUGUAUGUAGGUUUAUUACAGGUUGGCGGAUUUUUUAAACGACUGUUUCCACCAUAUUCUUGUAAUGGAAUAUCUGAAUUGUAGCUUCAGAUUGGCCAUUACCAUGUACGUGGCGUUAGUUGUAUGUAAUCGAAUCUUCUUAAAGCACAUGCGUCAACAAACACUUUCUAAACAUUUUCUUACUCGCGUGAGAACGUUACGCUCGUUUUUUUUACUACCUUUUACAUUGCACAGAUGUUAGGGAAGGAUACGAUGGCUACUAUUAUUUUUAUUUCAUACACCUUAAUCGUGGCAUCCUGGUUGUACUUGUAUUCUUACAUUGGCGAGCAACUUGCUCACGAGGUUUGUAUCGUUGAUUGUCUGUUAUUUCUUUCUUUUUUUUUUUAUGAGAUAAUUUUAAGAAUCCAAUCGUUUGAGAUCAACCAUCUUAACGCCUGCCUGUAUUUAUUACCAUCCAUUUAAAAUUGCGAUCUUAUUGCAAAAUAUACGCUAAUAUCGGGACAACUAUGAUAUCCAGUCGCAGAAAGUUGGUGAAGCAUUUUACCACACCGUCUGGACUGACUUGAAAAACCAGGAUAAAAGAUCUUUGGUAAUGUGUUUAAUAAACGGACAAAGACCUCAAUAUUUAAUGGCUGGGAAGUUUUACAGAUUCACGCUUUUCGGUUUCUGCGACGUAAGUAGAACAAUCUGUUCCUAGUGACUAAUUUUUAAGAAGGAAAUAUCCGCAAGCAUUUCUGACGGAUGCAUAAUCACGGACGUUCAAGUAUUCAACAAGAAUACCGUGUUUCGUGAUAAAAUUAUGCACGGAAGAUAUCUAUCCACUUUUUCAACAGAUCGUGAAAACUUCCAUGGCUUUCUUGUCCGUACUACGAACAAGAGUCGAAUAAACCUGGUGCUGGUCGUCUAACUUGAAGUUACCGUCUGUUAAUGCACGUGAUUCAAGAGUCGUGAAGACAAACAUAAUAUUUAGCUACCGAGAAAACAUACAAAUAAAAGUAUCCAGAGAA